AAUACUCAGGAAAUCCCCAAGAUGAAAUUCUUCUACGGAGCUCUGCUGGUGCUGGGCACAGCCAUUAUUGCCCAGGCGGCUGUCGUAGCCCGAUCCAACGAUGAGACCGACAAGGAGUCAGCCCAGCAGACCAAGUACCGCCUGUUCAAACAGCCCGUGCAGAUCGAGGCCCGCAGCUUGCAGCAGCUGAUGGCCCUGAAGCAGCCCGCCUGCCCACCGGCAACAGGAUCCACGAGCACCUCAACCGAGCCCAGCACCAUCACUAUAACGACCAAGCCCACAGGACCCACCCUCGUGCACGGCACCACCUCCACAUACACCACACCCAUCGAUACCGAGACCGAUAGCGGUUCCUGGGACGAAAGCGCUCGUAAGGCGAACCACCACAACCAGGUGAACGAGGACGAUGACGAGGAGUUCGAUGAGGAGGAGGAGGAGAAGUACCUCAAGGAUCACGAUGACGAGAUGGAGGACGAGCACGAGGAUGACGAGAGCGAGGACGAGAGCUUCCAGCUGGCGGCGCCCAAGGCCACCUCAUCCUCAUCCACAUCGGUGCGCCGUCGUGGUAGCUCCACCUCGGGCUCCUCCAAGGGCGACCUGUCCACCAGCGAGCUGAUGCGCGAAAUCGAGCUGCGCCGGCAGAAGGAACUGAACGAGCAGCUGCGCAAGCAGCUGAGCGCCGCCCGCCGCCGGUCCGCCCAGAACCGCCGCCGUGCCCAGAACAACCGCCGCCGGCUGAUGCGUCGCCAGCAGCAGAAGCGCCGCCAACAGUCCCUCAACAGCCAGAGGCAGAUCCAGGCCCAGAACCGUCGCCACCGCAACGCCCAGCGCCGCCAGCGCCGCAACAACCGCCUCAACCGCCUGCGCCAGCGCCGCCGCAACAACCGUCGCCGCAACUAA